UACGAUUACGACCUUGCAUGCUGUGACACCACGACUCGAUCGACUGAGCGAGACAUGUUGCUAUGUGCUGUAGAUUUAUUAAAUUAUGAAUUGCAAUGUGUGAUAAAAAAUUGUUAGUUUUAUGAAAAGACUGAUGAUCAGUGCUUACUUUGCAGUGAUAUCACCAUGAAGGUUGAAUCAGGAGUUUCUAGCAAGGCCAACCAGCCUAACUUCAUCUUAUUCAUCGUGGGCGUACUACUGGGUGCAUGCAUGAUGGCUGUGUACAGUACAUUUUUCCAUAGACAGUUCAAUUCCACCGGUAACCAUAUGAAAUUUUGGGGACAACCCUACUCGGAACAUGUUAAUUCACUGCAACAAGUUAAUAUAUCUGAUCCCCAAGGUCAUAUUGAAGUAAAUGCGGAAAAUAGAAUUGAACCUCAUGAAAGGUUAAAGUUCAAACAACACCAUGAUCUUCAUUACAAAGAUGAAGAUCAAGUUGCCAAGGAAUUAUAUAAUAAAGUUCGCAUUCUUUGCUGGAUUAUGACCUCACCCCAAACACUAGAAUCAAAGGCUUCAAAUGUUAAAGAGACAUGGGCAAAACGAUGCAAUGUCGCACUCUUCAUUAGCUCAGAACACAAUGCAGACUUUCCCACAGUCAAAAUAGAAACAAAAGAGGGACGCGAGUACUUAUGGCAGAAAACAAGAGGAGCAUUUCAAUACAUAUAUGACAAUUAUUUAGAUGAAGCUGAUUGGUUCUUGAAGGGAGAUGAUGAUACAUUUAUAAUAGUGGAGAAUUUAAGGUAUUUUCUUUCAGAUAAAAACACCAAUGACCCGUUAUAUUAUGGACGUAAAUUUAAACCAUACGUAAACCAGGGUUAUAUGAGCGGUGGUGCAGGUUAUGUUUUGAGUAAGGAAGCUGUCAGGAGACUUGUGGAAGAUGCUUUUAAGAGUUCCUCUAAAUGUCGUCCGGCUACAGCUGUUGGUGGUGCAGAGGAUGUUGAUAUUGGUCGAUGCCUUCAAGCAGUAGGAGUCGUUGCUGGUGAUUCCAGAGAUGAACUGGGUCAGGAUCGAUUUCAUCCAUUUGUUCCGGAGCACCAUCUCAUCCCUGGAUCUGUCCAGAAAGGUUUCUGGUACUGGAAAUACAUUUUCUAUCCGUCUACAGAGGGACUUGAUUGCUGCUCGGACUACAGUAUAUCAUUCCAUUACAUCAGUCCACAGAGUAUGUACCUGAUGGAGUACUUAGUGUACCAUAUGAAACCAUUUGGAGUUGGUUACUACACCUGUCCAGCUCAACAGAAGGGCUCGGCCACAUCAUAAAAUGAUUGAAGGCUAAGUAGGGCCCACCUGAUGAAAUACCAAGUCUACAUACCAGUAAGUGCGUGCCUGGUGGAAUGACUGUACCUGCGUAACAUACAUGGUUGUAGCUGUAGAAAACUAAGGGUUGGUGAUAGACAUUUUAAUGGGGGGUUAUGUGAUAACAACACACUCUAAAUGAUAAGAGUGGAAUUUAAGGAUGAAAAAGUGGGUUAAAAAGGGUUGGUAGAGGGCCAUGAAAUUAGCUUUAGACUGGGUAGAACACUCCAAGUCCCACCAUAACUACAUUUUUGAACAUAUGAAACAAUUUGUGUUUUUCCUGCUUAGAUCAAUAUUAAUCUAUAAAAUACAUAACAAAUUCCAUUAAAGAAAUUUUAGUCGCUCAUUUAAAAUCAAAGAGACAUGAACGUUGAUUUAGAUUGUCUUUUUUAUAAACUCUUUGUCAUGAUGAUGCUUACGGAGUUGUUUUUAGUUGUGAGAAAUAUACCUGCUUUACAGAAAUUGAACCUUGGGAUUGGAAGGUAAGUAUGUUACCGUACUACCAAGCUAAUCGCCUCCACUAUAAAAAGAAGUUAGUGCGGUAACUAAAUUCAAUUCUACCUUUGUAAUGAUUUCAAAGCCCCUUUCUCACAGGCCGAGGUUGGUGAAUCUUCGGGUAAUGGUCAAUGUCCGUGUUGAUAAGCAUUAAUAUUGUUGUGACCCGUUACGUAGCCCUUGAUGCGUUCUGCGCAGUUGCUGCGCCAGCGUCUGAAAUCUGGUGGAGGGUGAGGCAGCAAGUGAGGGAAAAGGUAAAAUUUUAGAGGGGCAAUAUGCUGUGGUGGCCUGAAGUUUGUGUGGUCAAGCUUCGCUCAAAAUGUUGUGGAAGUGGUCCAGGGGCCGAGAAACCCCCAAAAAAUAUGACAAUUUAGGGGUUUCAGAGGCUUAUUUAAUCGAUAUUAUAGAUAGUCUACAAAUAUGUAGAAAAUACAUAUCAUUUUUUUCCUCCUGGACAAAUUGUGGUUUUUCUUCUUUUUUGGGAGAGAGAAAACUAGGGGAGGGGGAAAGAAAAUUAUCUGGGGGAAAAAUGUUUCUGCAGAAGUUGCAGAUCUCAAGUUCUUACAGUCAGUAGACUGUCGGGGAAGUCUUCAAAUGCCUGUAGAAAAUCCAUGGGAGAGUACAUCAGUUGACGUUUCUGCUAAGCCCCUUCCUCUUGGGUAUUGUUGCUAAGAACAUUUGUGGGACAACACGUUUUGUGAGACACAUGUAUAUUCCUGGCUCUGUUUUGAUUGGUCAGUUGUUAAGUUGAUUGACACUCUGAAUAUAUUUAUUAUGUACUCUAUUGUAUUGAAAAUUUGCUAUAUAUCAUUUGCUCCAGUUCAGUAUGUUUGAGUGUUUUGACAGAUGCUAUUAUUUUUAGCACUUCCUAUCUCUCUGAACUGGCCUCUAUAAGAAAAUGCCAUGACCUGCUUUUGAAAGCAAUACACAUUAAUUGUUUUUUUGCAUGGUUACCUUUACAAUAUAUAUUAUAUUUUUCUAUUUCAAUUUAUAUUAGUAGAGGGGUGAAGUUUGUAUGUAUUAAAUACAUAUUUUACUAUAAAUGGCAUUUUGCAUGGAAUGAUUAUGCAGGUGAAAAAAUAAACAAUUAAAUAAGGUUGUUAUUAUUGAUCAUGUAAUAUCGGAAAUAAAAGAUAUUCAAUUGGAAGAAUUGAAAUUUAAUAAAAUAAAUAAUAUAUUUGCUAAAUGGCUGUAUUUUAAAUUAUUGCUAUUAUUUUUGCUGUUAUUUUUUGUAUUAAAAUUAAGGUAUUUAACCACUGUUACCAACAAUGGUCAUUUUUUUGCUAAUUAUACAGUAAAUUUAUAAAACUCAUAAUAUGAGUGGUAAUUUUAUUGGUGCUAUGAAUUGUGACAAAAUCAUCAAUACCAUCAUGUGUGAAACAGGUUUUUGUAAUCUUGAAAACUCCGAUGGGGGCAGUAUAAUAGAGGCAUUAGAGCUAAAAAAGAUCUAUUAAUCAAUCAGCCAAGUGUUUCUAGAGCUCCUCAGGGCAGUAUACUGUAAUAGAGGCAGUACUGUAGAUCUAAAAAUGAUCUAUUAAUCAACCAGCCUCAUGGGAGCAGUAUGAGGCAGUAGUACUGACAAUGAUGUAUUAAUUAAUUAGUCAACUGUUUCCAGAGCUCCUCAUCGGAGCUAAAAAAAAAUAUUAUAUUUUUUUUCAUAAUUAUUUUUGUGUCCUUUCAUGUUUUGAAAUGUUACUUUACAGGAUGCUAAAUUACAAUAUUCCAAUAUUUGAUAGACUUGAUUCUUUUCCUCUAGUGUUCCAACUCCAGGGGAGAUACUGUAUGAAACUCCAGGUAUGAGGAUUUAUUUUACCUAGUAUUGUGUUAUCAGUACAAUACUAGGUAAAUUCUGCGGCAAACACCAACAAUACAUGUGUGUAAUUUAAUGUAUCAACAUUAUUGACAGAAACAAUAAACAAUAUUUUAUAUAAA